CGGCGCUUCUUCUUCUUCCUCCUCCUCUCCCGUCCCGUAGCAGCUGCUAGCUCGUGGCCCGUGAACCAGGUGCGCGCGCGUCUCUCAACCGACCCCUCUCUGUGUUCUUCUUCAAGCUCGAUCUCUCGAACCUCGCCCAACGGCCCCGAUCGAGGGGCGAAAGGCGAAGAUCGAAGUUUCGAUUUCUUGUAGAAACCUCCUGCGUGCCUUUUGUUUUCGUGCGUGUUUAUGGUGUGGGGAUUCGCGAUCUUUCUCUAACAAUAUCUUGCUUAAUUUUCGGAUGAUAUAUGCUAAGAGUGCUAAUAUAAGAUGAAAAUACAGCCAUGUGUAAUAAUCUUGAGCAUUGUGAUGUUGUUCGUUGUUUAUAGAAUGGCAACCAUUCAGUAUGAAGAAACAGAGAUGGAAGCAACAUCUCAUCCCUUUGAUACGAUAUUGGACUCUGGUACAAGUGAACCCCGUGUUGGUUAUUUGCCUCAUGGUAUAGUGCAUUCGAGAUCUGACAUGGAAGUAAAGCCUCUAUGGCUAGCAAAGGGCUCAAAGGAGAGAAAUCAAAGUUAUCGGAACUUACUAGCAAUGCCUGUUGGCAUUAAGCAGAAGAACAAUGUAGAUAUCAUUGUUACAAAGUUUCUUUCAGAGAACUUCACAGUUAUUUUGUUCCACUAUGAUGGGAAUGUCAAUGAGUGGAAUGAGUUCUGGUGGAGUAAAAAUGUAAUCCAUAUAGCUGCAAAUGACCAAACAAAAUGGUGGUUUGCAAAACGUUUCCUACACCCAGAUGUUGUCUCUAUUUAUGAUUAUAUAUUCCUUUGGGAUGAAGAUUUGGGGGUUGAUAAUUUCCAUCCUGGAAGGUACUUGAAAAUUAUGAAAUUAGAAAGUCUGGAGAUAUCUCAGCCAGCAUUAGACCCUCAAUUAUCUGAGGUACAUCAUCGAUUAACUGCUCGCAGAAAAAAAGGAAGGGUUCACAGGAGAGUAUACGGUUCUCAAGGUCGCAGGAAGUGUACCAGUAAAGGACCUCCAUGUGCCGGAUGGGUGGAGGGUAUGGCACCAGUAUUCUCACGUUCUGCUUGGCGAUGUGCUUGGCAUCUUAUUCAGAAUGAUCUAAUCCACGGGUGGGGAAUGGAUAUGAAACUUGGAUAUUGUGCACAGGGUGAUCGAACUCGAAAUGUGGGAAUUAUAGAUAGUGAAUUUGUAGUCCAUCAAGGUGUGCAGACCUUGGGAAUGUCCUCCAAUGUAAAGAAACACAGGACGGGGAGAGGGACAUUGGAUGCACGAGUAGAGGUGAGGAGACGGGCAAGGUCAGAACUGGAAUGUUUUCAAGAGCGAUGGGAUCGUGCGACCAGAGAAGAUGAAGGCUGGGUUGAUCCCUUCCUGCAUGACCAAAGAAAGGACAAGAAACAUGCUCGCAUCUUGUAAUCAGAAUUCGCAUUUAAUGAGUUUCGUGCAUGAGCAAUUUAUUAGUGCAAUUUCAUUUAUUAAUUACCUUGAUCU